UGUUGACGCUCUAGCGCACCAAGUGCUCGCUGCCCCUCAGUGGGCGCAAAGCCGGCGCUCUAGCCGACUGGAGUCGGAGUCGGCUCUCUGGUCCCAAGAAGGGCCCCAACUCCCUCAGUUCCUGACAGCCUGGGAAUUUCGGGCUUCGGCUCCUUAGUCGCAGAGCUAGGAGGCAUGCCCCUCCGACGCUUGUCCGGCAUGGAUCACGCCAGUACCUGCCCUAGCUUUCAGUCGGACUUGGAUUUCUGCCCGGAUUGCGGCUCGGUCCUGCCUCUGCCCGGGCCUCAGGAUACGGUCACCUGUAUUCGCUGUGGCUUCUCCAUCAACGUGCGGGACUUUGAAGGGAAAGUCGUGAAGACCUCAGUUGUAUUUAACAAACUGGGGACAGCCUUGCCUAGAUCGAUGGAGGAAGGACCUGAGAUCCAGGGACCUGUGGUUGACAGGCGCUGCUCUCAGUGUGGUCACGAGGGAAUGGCGUACCACACCAGACAGAUGCGCUCAGCAGAUGAAGGGCAGACUGUCUUCUACACAUGUACCAACUGCAAGUUUCAGGAAAAGGAAGAUUCUUGAUAUUUUUUUCUGGGCAACUCUACAAUACAUCCCUCCUCUUCCUUGGAAGGUGAAGGAUAUUGGUUCUUAGAUGCCUUCCAUCUCCUCUGCAGUGUUUUGCUCCCAGAGAAGAAUCAAAUCUUACAUGGGACUACCAUUGGUCCCCCACCUACUACUUUCCCAGUUGAAUUUAUUAAAGUUACAUUUUUCUAAAAAA